AUGGCUUCACAGUUGGCCGGCCGUGCAGGCAUUCUGCGACACCUCAACCUCGGUGAUGUCUUGUCUCGUCCUAGUCGUGUGAUCGCAGUGCAGAACCAAUUUCGACAACUUUCUUUGUCGAGUGUCCCUCGGUUGACUACUUCCCGCGUCGGAGUCUUGUCUACAACUACUACCCAGCAAUCGAAUGGCUUUGCGACUCAGACUACCUCCACAGAGACCAAGAAAGCCACCAAGACCACCGAUGGCAAGCGCAAGAGCACCACCGCAAAGAAGGAGACGAAGCCUAAGCCUAAGCGCCAAUUGACCGAGAAGCAAAAGGAGGCUAAGGCCAAGAAAGCUGAGCGGGAUCUCAUCAAACAGCUCAAGGAAGCUUCCCUCGAGGCCCCGAAGAAGCUCCCUCAAAGAGCUCAUACCCUUGCCUUGCAGGACAAGAUCUCAGAAGUCCGAGACGAGAAGAAGACCCAGAACGAGAACUUCGCGGCUACAGUGAAGUUCGUCAAGGAGAUGCCUUCAUAUGAAUUCGAGCGAUACACAAUCCAAGCCGAUCAGAAUCGCGCUUCAAAUGAAGCCGCCUACGCUUCAUGGAUCCUUUCGCACACCCCGGCUCAGAUCAAGGACGCCAACGAGGCCCGUCGCCGGCUUGCGAAGAAACUCGGCAAGACCUGCUCUCUGCUGAAGGAUGACCGAUUGGUUAAGCGACCUUUGUCCUCAUACCUGAUUUUCUCGAGAGAGCGCACUGGAUCCGGGGAUUUCAAGCACAUGCAGGUGGCGGAGAUUUCCGUCCGCACUGCCAACGAGUGGAAGAACCUGACAGAGUCCGAGAAGGAGCGCUUCCACAAGCUGGCUCUCCAGGACCGUGAGCGAUACACUCGUGAGCACCAGGAAGCGUAUGGUGUGCCCCCGAAAACCACCAAGGUG